CUGUACUUCUCAUCCCUCCAUAAUAUAAAAUUGACAAGUGCGUAAAUAUAUGCGUUAAUAUGUUUUCUAUAAAAACAUAAAGGUUGAUAUGUUACAAUAAUAAGUGCAGAUGAUGAAGACUAAUCAUUCUUUGGCUAUGAAACAAGAUCACUAAAAAUGUUCGUUUUGUAAACAUUUACAAAAUAAACAAAAAUGGACAUAAUAAGCCGUACUAAUAGCCACUUACAGUCCCUGGAGUUGAGGAUCGACAAUGUCGAUGAACAUGGAGCUAUUGUCAUCUGUGAUGAUGAGAAGGAAAUGGAUGAACUGCUCGACCUCCUCAAGUCGACGGAAAAUACCCGUUGCCCGUCACCAGUGUUGAGAGACAGUUUGUCACAAGAAAAUAAUACAUCUCAAGGUUCAGUGUUGACUAAAAGCGUAAAUAAAAAGACUGAUAACAAUGGGAAAAGUUCCCAAGCCCCCAUUGGGAGUAGUGCAUUGGUUGAUAAAACACAGGGGACUCAACAUGCACCAACAACUGCUAAUACAAAUUCCAUUUUUAAUAAAAAUAAGGCGACUGUAACAAAUAUUAUAAGUGAUAUGAUUAACUCGACUAAAACGCCUGUUCAACAGGUAAACAAAGAAGCAAAGCAAGCUUCCAUUGACAAACAAUAUAAUGUAAAGACUAUUAAUGCUAAUAAAACCACUAUGGUCCUCAAUGCUGGUAACAAUGAUGUAUCCUCAAAUACACCAAAAAAAGUUAGUCCACUUGUAAUUAAAAAAGUUUUAAUUGCAAAUAAAAACAAGGUGGCAAGUCCUUCCAUAAGUGAAGAUAAAACACAUGUUGCCGUAAAUGCAGAUGGUAAAAAGAUACUUUUGAAACGAGUGGCACAUCCUCCCAAACACGUGACGUCAAAAAAUAAGCUUAUUUGCAAAAGCAUCACUAAAAAAGAUCAACCUGAGACUCCUGCAACACCAAAAUCUGGUCUUAACAGUUUAGUCUCAAUCAAAGUUGGUGACUCACAAAAGACAUUCCAAGUGGUUGAGGAUCAGUCAGCAAGGAAGGGCAGUCACAGUAUGGUGAGCUAUGUGUUGGCUGAUGGUGACUCCACUCCUAGCAAGAGUGGGGGACUUAGGGAGGCGCUCAAGAGAUGCGCCGAGGAAUGUGCGGAUAGUGACAAAAAGAAGGAAAGAGUGACAUCAGUUAGUCUCAUCAAAAGCUUUGAAGCUGCACAGGAAAAGGAAGGAACUGAGAAACGUGCCAGUAUAGACUCAGGUGUGGUCACCCCCAAAGUGGACAAGCAAAUGAUUAACAAAACAGUCGCUAACAAUGAUAAAGUGGCUGAGAAGAAAACUGUUACCAGCAGUGGUUCAAAAGAACCAAAGAAGCUAUUAGUUACCGUCGCCAAAAAUGCCAAUAAUUUUGUGUUAAAAAGCGUCAACGGCUUGAAAACCACCUUAGUAAAGGAAACCCCGAGUAAAGAAAAAAAUAAAAAUGAAACGGAACCAAAGGUGGACAAAAAAGUGCCACAAGCAACAAAAAAACCAAAGGAAGCUUUCACACAAGUGGACUUGCCAUUUAAAACUCUAAAUCCUGUUGUAAUGUGCCAGAACAUUGGCGACCCAAAGGUUGUGUUAAACGCAUAUGACACCCUACAACAAGGUACCCCUGAGUUGGCCACAAAACAAAAAAGCGUCGAUAGCAACAAAGUAGUGAAGGAGAUAAUCGGCAAACAACAACAGUUGGAUCCGGACUUAGAUACUAAAUUGGAACAGGACGGUGCUAGAAUUGGAAGUUCGAUGGGUAAUCGAAAGAAGAAAUCUCCAAGCUCGACGCCUCGCAACAGCGUAGAGUUCGACAAGGAAACGCAAACGCCGGAAGGGAAUUUGAAACUGUACCCGGUAAAACUAAGGAGUUCCGGUAAGACCUUGAUGGUGGUGAGAUGCUCCAAGACUUUGCAGGCCUCUUUAAAUGCCUCCAAACAAGGCAGAGAAGUUGAUAAUAAGGAAAAAGGUGAUAAGGAAUCGGAUGAUACGGUAAAAUCUGAAGAUAACAAAGAAUGUGAUAAAGAAGAAGGUGAUAAAAAGUCGGAUGAUAAGGACAAGGAAAAGAAGACUCCGAAUAUGGGAUACGGCAGUAUUAAGGUGAGAAAUAUCAGCGAACUUCUGGCGCCGAAAACGGACAAUGAACAGAUAAAAUUGAGGAGCGGCUCAAAAAGGAAAAUGACCGAUAACGAUAGUGGCAACGACAGCGACACGAGCGCCAAACGCCUCAGGAGCAAAGGGAACACGUCCCCCAAUCCAAGUGUUCUCAAUCCAGCACUUGCGAGUACCUCCAGUAAGACCGGAGACAAACCUACGCCAACUGAACUCGAAAAGCUACAGUCCGAAGCGAUGGGCAGCUUCUGUUGCGACUUCUGCAGCAAAAGAUACAAAAAGGAACGCUUCCUCACCGAGCAUGUUGCUCUGAAGCACAAGAAUGAGGACCUGAUGUUCUGUCCGGACUGUUACUUCUACACUAAAACCGAAGAGAAAAUGAUCGAACACAAGGAGACCAUGCACGCUUCCUUCGGACAGAAGGUGGACGGCGACACAGACAGGACUCGCUGCCAUUUGUGCUCCAUGAUCGUAAACAGAAAGAAUUUUGUUAGGCAUUUGAAGAAUGUCCACUGGACCAUCACCUGCAAAUGCGGCAUAGAGUUUAGGUACAAGGUCAUGUACACUAAGCACAUUGAGGAUAAUCCGCAAUGUGCUUGAAUAUUUUUACUGUUCCAGUGAUUUGAAUAUAUUAAAAUGUUUAAAUAUUUAUUUUCCAUAUGUUGUGAUCCAAUGUACUUUUAUGUUACUUGGUAUUAGUCAAAUAAAUAAUAUGAGAAGGAA